CCAACCACACACAGUCGGUUCAAGUAUUUCGUCGUUGUCUCAGGUAAUUCCAGACAAUCAACAAUCUCAGCGUCUGUUCACCUCACGAGGAGUUAAAACAAAAAUUUUUUUUUGGAUUUUAUUUUCUAUCGCAACAGAAGAACACAAAAAUUUUUAAACACACAAAAUGAAGAAGUUUAUGAUUGUAUUUGUUGCACUCUUUGGAGCCGCUGUUGCCCAGGAUUCAUUUAAAUGUCCCGAUGAUUUUGGAUUUUAUCCUCAUGACAUUUCCUGCGAUAAAUAUUGGAAGUGCGACAAUAAUGUGGCUGAAUUGAAGACCUGCGGUAACGGUUUGGCUUUCGAUGCCUCCGAUCCAAAAUAUUUGACUGAGAACUGUGAUUACUUGCACAAUGUUGACUGCGGAGAUCGUACACAAUUGGAACCACCAAUUUCAACUCCUCAUUGUUCCCGCUUGUAUGGUAUCUUCCCCGAUGAGAACAAAUGCGAUGUCUUCUGGAACUGCUGGAACGGUGAACCCUCUAGAUAUCAAUGUUCUCCCGGUUUGGCUUAUGAUCGUGAUGCUCGUGUUUGUAUGUGGGCCGAUCAAGUUCCAGAAUGCAAAAAUGAAGAAGUUGCCAAUGGUUUCGCCUGUCCCGCUGCCGGUGAAUUGGCCAAUGCUGGUUCCUUCUCCAGACAUGCUCACCCCGAAGAUUGCCGUAAAUACUACAUUUGCUUGGAGGGUGUGGCCCGUGAAUAUGGUUGCCCCAUUGGUACAGUAUUCAAGAUUGGUGACAGUGAUGGCAGUGGCAACUGCGAAGAUCCCGAAGAUGUUCCCGGAUGCGAAGAUUACUAUGGUGAUGUUGAUUUGAAAGCUUUGAAAAAGUUGGGCUAUUAAAUUCUUUGCAGCGCAAGGAUAACAAACAACAACAACAACAACAGCACACAAACAAUGGUAUGCAAAAUCUGGACAACAUCAAAACAACAAAUUCCUCUUUGAGGAUAUAAGAAUUUAGCUAUGGCAGUAGAUAGAUAUGUCAACGAGUGAAUGAAUUAAUGUGAGAGAGUAUGUGUGUGUGUGUGAGCAAGAGUUCGAAAAGGACUCUUGACCAUUGGUUAGAGUCCCCUUUUUCAAUGAAUGACUAAAUGUUGAGUAAAGGAAUUUUUUUAAACCAAUUGCUGGAAAACUAGCGCACAAGAGAAUAUAUAAGAAACGAAUGAAAGAAAAAAAAUUGAUGCUAUGCAAACAAUUUUCACAAAAUUUAUAAAAAAUUUGAAGUACAAAAAUAAACACAUGUAACCAAAAUUACAACAUAACAUGAAACAGUAAAAAUAAAAAAUUUAAAAAAAUAUAAAUAAAAAUAUAACUUCACACCAGUGGUGGGUAAAACAUCAAAAAAUAAAAUUUCAUAAAAUACAUAUGAAAAUAAAAUAUCAUAAACAAAUAGAUUUUAAUUUUCAAUAUUUAAAAUUGUAAUUUAGAAGUAAAAAAAAAUUUAAAAAAAAUAUUUCUGAUUUCACACAUGCCGCUCUCAACACCGUUAUGCUAUACCAAGUUUAUAUCUGUACAGUAAAUAACACACACACACAUGCAAGUAAUGGCAUACAUGUUAUACGAGUCCUUAUAAAUUAGAUUUACACACACACACAUCUAACCACACCCACAUGUUAACUAAAAUAUAAGUUAUAUUUUACAUAUAUAUAUGUAUUGUAGUUUAGAAUAUACUCUUAUCUAUUCACUAGU